AUGCGUUUCGGCACAGGACCGGAGGGCAAAUCACAACAACAGGUAUGUUUUUUUCUGGUUUGAAACAUGCAAGGACAACAAAUUUGAUAAGAAAACAUCACAUUUUUCUUGGUUUUUAGUCAAUGUUCAAAGCGUUGCGACGUCUUCAUGGCCAAAAUCUGGAAAGUCGUGGAUUGCACGAUAUGACAGAGGCUUUUCAACAAUUUGUGACGCGCGCCCGGUUUUUCAGUAUUGGAAAAUUACGCCGAACAUGGUCACAUUCAGCGGCCGAAUUUAUUAAAUACCGCCGCCUUUUGCCAAUGUUAUUAGCCGAUGGCGAAGAUUUCGAUGCCGGAGAGACAGAUGAUUUUGACGCAAGCAUCGCAUUCCAAGCCGCCUCGCGGGACAACCGCAAAAUCGUUGUGUCGAAUAUUUCGCCACGUGUCACACAAUCGCAACUCACCUCAUUUUUCUCGAAUUACGGCAAAAUCACCAAUUGCAUUUUGCCGAAAGAGGAGAAGAAUUCGUCGGUUUUUGGAACAUUGCCAAAACAUCGAAAGAAUUGUGGAAGUGCCACGAUUACCUUUAAGUUAGUUGCGAAAAUCUCACCACGCGCUCCACCGAAAUAAACACGCAACGCAGACCGCGUCGCGCCACAACACACAAAAAAAUGGAGGGAAUUUGAAUCGUUCCCUUAUUUGUGUGUCUUGUGGCGCGACGCGGUCUGCGUUGCGUGUUGAAGCGCGUGGUACCGAUGGGAUUUUUGGAUAAUAGUAUCAAAUUUUUGUCAUUUCUCGAUUUAAAAAUCAAUAUUUUCCAGAACUGUCGAUGCUGCAGACCGUGCUCGAAAUGCCACAUCAGAAGAGCUCAAAUUCUACGACCAAGUCAUGGUUGUAGCUGGCUAUGUUUCGAAAAAACGCGGUGGGAAGGGUUUGGUGUUGGCGGAUGAUUUUGGGGGUGGAAGCAGUCGAGAGGACACGCCAUUGUCAAGAGCUUCUUCUACACAAUCUCUAGCUUCGGGAUCGAUUAAUUCGGAGGUAAAUUGACCUGGAGACGUGGAAAAUCCUGAAUUUUUACCCAACAAUAUCCAUUUCCAGGUAUUUCCAAUCGAAAGCCUUCCACUUCGAAUUUUGGAGCGAGUCGUCUCAUUUUUGCCAAUUUCGGAGACUAUUCGCAUGGAAAGAGUUAGCAAAAAAUAUAUGGAAGUUUCGAUUAAGGUGAGAUUUUUUGGGAAAUAAUUUACUGUUUCAAAAAAAUUAUGAGAUUUCAAUAAAAUCAUGAAUUCCAAUUCCACAGUUAUACAUCUAUGCCUAAAAACUUUCACUGUUUCAAAAAAUUUAUAUGAGAUUUUUAAGAGGGGAAGGAUUUCACUGAAGAAUUGCUCUAGAAAUUUCAAAACUUUCCCAGAAAAAAAUUAGACUGAAUUUCUGAACCCUAAAAAAACUACUGUUUCGAAAAAAUAAUGAGAUUUUCUCCGGUUUUUUAAUUUUCGCUGGACAUUCACUUGACGCAGGAUUUUCUUUAGAAAAUUUUGAAAGCUUAAAAAAAAUUUCACAGAAUUUUUGAAUUCAGUAAUAACUUAAUCUGGGAAAUUUUUAAAAGUUAUUAAAAAUUAGACAGAAUUUUUGAACCCUAAAAAUCUACUGUUUCAAAAAAAUUAUGAGAUUUUCUCGGAUUUUUUGAAUUUGCUCAAUUAAUUUUUCUUAUACAGAACAUUGAAGGAUUUCACUGAAGAAUUCUGGAAAAUUCUGAAAAUUCAUCUAAAAAUUUCAUAAGGUUUUUCAAAAAAAAAAUCACUGUUUCAAAAAUUAUUGAGGUUUUCUCCGGUUUUCAAAAUUUCGCUGGACUUUCCUUUCUGUUGAGAAUAUUUUUUUUUAUUUGUCAAAAUUAAUUUUUAGCCUCAAGGUUAAAUUCAGAAUUAAUUUCUCUUGAAAAUUUCAAAAGUAAAAAAAAAUUCCACAGAUAUUCCACAGAUAUUCCACAGAUAUAAAAUUCCACAGGUAUACCCUAAUGGGGUGAUUCAUAAAAAUAAAUUGACAAACAAUUCGCAAUUAAUUUCACGUUUUUUGUCAAUUAAUCGCAUUCAUUUCUAAAAAAAUGCGAUUAAUUGACAAAAAACGUGAAAUUUGAAAAAACGUGAAAAAACGUGAAUUCAUUUCUAAAAAAAUGCGAUUAAUUGACAAAAAACGUGAAAUUAAUCGCGAAUUUUUUGUCAAUUUAUUUUUAUGAAUCACCCCAUAAAAAUUCUACUAUUUCAAAAAAUUUAUGAGAUUUUCUCGGGUUUUUUGAGUUUGCUUGAUUGAAUGGUUUUAGUGAAGAAUUCUAGGAAAUUCUGGGAAUUCAUUUAAAAAUUUCAGAAGGUUCCUAGAUCCUAAAAAUCUACUGUUUCAAAAAAAUUAUGAUAUUUUCUCCGGUUUUUUAUUUUGCUUCUGCUAGUUGAAUGAUUUCACUGAAGAAUUUCUCUAGAAAAUUUCAAAAAUUAAAAAAAUUAGACAGAAUUUUUGUACCCUGAAAAAUCUACUGUUUCAAAAAUUUAUGAGAUUUUCUCGGGUUUAUUAAAAUUUCGCUGUACAUUCCGUUCGAUUAGUAAUGUUUUUUAUUUUUUAAAGUUAAUUUUUAGCCUCAAGGUUGAAGGUUUUCAGAAAUGAAUUCCUCCAGAAAAUUUAAAACUUUCCCAGAAAAAAAUUCCACAGAAUUUUUGAACCCUAAAAAAUCUACUGUUUCAAAAAUUUAUGAGAUUUUUCUCUGGAUUUUUGAUUUUGCUUUGUUAUUUGAAUUUCAAAACUAAAAGAUUUCACUGAAGAAUUCUAGAAAAUUCUGAUAAUUCAUCUAAAAAUUUCACAGGGUUUCUAGAUCCAAAAAAAUCUACUGUUUCAAAAAAUUUAUGAGAUUUUCUCCGGUUUUUUUUUAUUUUGCUUCUGCUAGUUGAAUGAUUUCACUGAAGAAUUUCUCUAGAAAAUUUCAAAAAUUAAAAAAAUUAGACAGAAUUUUUGUACCCUGAAAAAUCUACUGUUUCAAAAAUUUAUGAGAUUUUCUCGGGUUUAUUAAAAUUUCGCUGUACAUUCCGUUCGAUUAGUAAUGUUUUUUAUUUUUUAAAGUUAAUUUUUAGCCUCAAGGUUGAAGGUUUUCAGAAAUGAAUUCCUCCAGAAAAUUUAAAACUUUCCCAGAAAAAAAUUCCACAGAAUUUUUGAACCCUAAAAAAUCUACUGUUUCAAAAAUUUAUGAGAUUUUUCUCUGGAUUUUUGAUUUUGCUUUGUUAUUUGAAUUUCAAAACUAAAAGAUUUCACUGAAGAAUUCUAGAAAAUUCUGAUAAUUCAUCUAAAAAUUUCACAGGGUUUCUAGAUCCAAAAAAAUCUACUGUUUCAAAAAAUUUAUGAGAUUUUCUCCGGUUUUUUUUUUAUUUUGCUUCGCUAGUUGAAUGAUUUCACUGAAGAAUUUCUCUAAAAAACUUUGAAAGUAAAAAAAAUUAGACAGAAAUUUGGAAUCCUAAAAAUUCACUGUUUCAAAAAAUUUAUGAGAUUUUCUCGGGUUUAUUAAAAUUUCGCUGAAUUUUCCAAUCUAUGGACAAUGUGAGAAUGUUUUUUUAUUUUUCAAAAUUAAUUUUUAGCCCCAACGUUGGAUUCAGUAAUUAAUUCCUUUAGAAAAUUUAAAACUUUCCCAGAAAAAAUUCAUUGCGUUUCUAGAUCCAAAAAAUUCACUGUUUCAAAAAUUUUAUAGGAUUUUUCACAGGACUUUUUACUUAGUGUGGCAAGCGAAAAAACUCCAAUCACAAAUGUUUUUAAUUUUUCAAAAUUUCGAAGUUGAUGGAUUUCACUGAAGAAUUGCUCUAGAAAAUUUCGAAAGUAAAAUAAUGUACACAUAAUUUUCGAACCUAACAAAAUCUACUGUUUCAAAAAAUUUAUGAGAUUUUUCUAGAAAAUUCAAAACAGUUCAGUUUUCUUUCCUCUUCAAUAUCAAUUAUUUCCAGUCCUGGCAAACCAUAAAUCGAAUCGUCUUAGCCCGCGAAACGCUCUUCAACAAAUCUCGUCCAAUGCGAACCUCUCACCUCAAACAAAUCCUCGCCCGCUCAGGAAUCAACCUAAAAUCCCUCGACAUUUCCGGAAUCCACCAACUUUUCGAUGAUAAAGCUCUCAAAGUUAUCGCAAAUUGCUGCCCAAAUUUGGUGGAAUUAGAUAUCAGUGGAAUACACGCGAAUUGUGAAGAGUUAGAGGAACUCGGGGAGAGUUUAUCGAAAUUGGAGCAACUUUCAUAUCGAGGAAUGGAGACGACUGGAGACAAGGCUUUUUAUUUCUUGUUCAAGUCUGAGAUUUCGAAAAAGCUGAAAUUUAUUGAUUUGCGCAAUUCGAAAAGACUACAUGGAAGAGCUUUUCGAUUAUUUGGCUCACAAUUAGAAUCACUUUAUUUGGAUGGAUGUUCGAAGGUGGAUAAUUUGGCAUUGGAAGAUUUGUGCACAAAUUCAGCAGGGCUCAAAGAACUCAGAAUUAAUGAGGUUUAUCGGAUAAGUGAUGAGAAUUUGAGUAUGAUUGCGAGAAGAAUGGAGGAUUUAUCGAUUUUUACGCUUUGUGGAGAUAGUUAUAAAAGUUUGACCAAAGCUGGAUUGAUUCAUAUUAGUCAUAUGAGAAAUAUUACCGAGUUGGCGUGAGUUGGCAAUUUUUUUUGGAAUUUUCAGUAGUUUUUGAGCUGAAAAAUGCUCAAAAACCGUUAUUUCAGUUUUUUCAUUCAAAAAUUCAAUUUUCUGAUGAUUUCCAGCAAUUUUUAAGCUGAAACUUGCUCUGAAAAUCAAUCUAGAAAUUUGAAUUUGUAUGAAAUCCUGAAAACCCGAAUUUUCAACAAAAAAAAUCACUGUUUCAAAAAUUUUUAAAUGAAAAAAAUGAAUUAUUUUAUGAUUUUUCAUGAAAUCAAGAAAAAAAAAAUUUAUCCCAAAAAACAUUAUAAAACCACUGUUUUAGAGCAUUUUUCUGAUGAUUUUCAGCAAUUUUUAAGCCGAAAUUCGAUCUGAAAAUCAAUCUGGAAAUUUGAAUUUUUAUGAAAUCUUGGAAACCCGAAUUUUCAACAAAAAAAAUCACUGUUUCAAAAGUUUUAAAUAAAAAAAUGGAAUUAUUUUAUGAUGUUAAAGAAAAUAAUGAAUUGACCCCAAACAAUAACCAAUAAAUUUUAGAGCAUUUUUCUGAUAUAUUUCAGUAAAUUUCAAGCUGAAAUUCGAUCUGAAAAUCUAAAUUUUUGACUGAACAAUGCUCAAAAAUCAUAAUUUUAGAGAAAUUUUCAGUCAAAAAUUCAGUUUUCUGAAGAUUUCCAGCACUUUUUGAGCUAAAAUUUGAUCUGAAAAUCAAUCUAGAAAUUGUAAUUUUUAUGAGAUCCUGAAAACCCGAAUUUUUCAACAAAAAAAAUCACUGUUUCAAAAAAUGUUUAAAUAAAAAAAAAAUUGACAAGGAAUGAUCGCACAAGUGACCCCCUGAAAUUUUGAUCUACUAUGUGGAAGUUGAUGUAUAUGGCGAGGUAUGAAAAACCCCAAACGGAUUUUGUAGGAGAAAAAUCAUUGGGGAAGUUUCAGGGGGUCUAAAAUUUUAGUUAUAAUAAAUUUCGAAAAUGACAUAUAUUUUCAAAAAAUCGUAUUCCAGCUCAAACUUCAUGAAAAUUGACAAACUUUGCGUCAUUUUGCAGCUAAUGUGAAGUACUUUUAACGGUACUUACGACCAUAUUUAUCAGAUUUUUUUCAAGAUUUGGAAACAUGAGGGAAAAAAAUGAAAAAAAUUUUUUUACAUUUUCAUAUGAAAUCGUCGUUUUAGAAGCCUGGGCGGAUUGUGGGACCCGUUUCAUCGGAUUCAGCGUCAAAAAAUACGUCGGAAAACAUAUUUGAAUAUUGUCAGAGUCAGCCAUUUUUGAUAUGUUAAUAUCCGAUUUUUAUUGUCAACCCAUAAAUUUUGACAAAAAAAUGUCAUUUUUUUAUUUUUGAAACAGUAAAAUUUUCCUAUGUAAUUUUUCAUGGUAAAAAUGAUUAAAUAUCGUUUUCAAAACAAUUUUUGUGAAUAUCAGACGUUGUUUCAUAAUUAUCAGAUUUCAAAAAAUUUUCGAAGCAUUCAAAACUGAAAAAAAAACAUUUUUUGCAGUGUAAGUGUCCGAAUCCAAAAAGUUUGUUUGCGAAACAUUGCUUACUAUUUUCCACGAAAAAAUGGGCCAUAAGGUGCUCCAUGAAAGUAACAGUCUCAAGAGUUGGCUGCUUGGAAAAAAAAUUCUCAAGACUCGGCUGCUUGAAACAAACAGUCCGAAGGCUCGGCUCCUUGAAACAAACAGUCUCAAGCGUUGGCUGCUUGGAAAAAAAUUCUCAAGACUCGGCUGCUUGAAAUACAUAGUCUCAAGGCUUGACUUGGAGAAAUAAAAAGCUUGAAGAAAAAAUGGAGCUGAGCCUUGAAACUAUGUAUUUCAAGCAGCCGAGCCUUGAGAAUUUUUUUUCCAAGCAGCCAACUCUUGAGACUGUUUGUUUCAAGGAGCCGAGCCUUCGGACUGUUUGUUUCAAGCAGCCGAGUCUUGAGAAUUUUUUUUCCAAGCAGCCAACUCUUGAGACUGUUUGUUUCAAGGAGCCGAGCCUUCGGACUGUUUGUUUCAAGCAGCCGAGUCUUGAGAAUUUUUUUUCCAAGCAGCCAACUCUUGAGACUGUUUGUUUCAAGGAGCCGAGCCUUCGGACUGUUUGUUUCAAGCAGCCGAGUCUUGAGAAUUUUUUUUCCAAGCAGCCAACUCUUGAGACUGUUUGUUUCAAGGAGCCGAGCCUUCGGACUGUUUGUUUCAAGCAGCCGAGUCUUGAGAAUUUUUUUUUCCAAGCAGCCAACUCUUGAGACUGUUACUUUCAUGGAGCACCUUAUGGCCCAUUUUUUCGUGGAAAAUAGUAAGCAAUGUUUCGCAAACAAACUUUUUGGAUUCGGACACUUACACUGCAAAAAAUGUUUUUUUUUCAGUUUUGAAUGCUUCGAAAAUUUUUUGAAAUCUGAUAAUUAUGAAACAACGUCUGAUAUUCACAAAAAUUGUUUUGAAAACGAUAUUUAAUCAUUUUUACCAUGAAAAAUUACAUAGGAAAAUUUUACUGUUUCAAAAAAACAAAAAAAUGACAUUUUUUUGUCAAAAUUUAUGGGUUGACAAUAAAAAAUCGGAUAUUAACAUAUCAAAAAUGGCUGACUCUGACAAUAUUCAAAUAUGUUUUCCGACGUAUUUUUUGACGCUGAAUCCGAUGAAACGGGUCCCACAAUCCGCCCAGGCUUCUAAAACGACGAUUUCAUAUGAAAAUGUAAAAAAAUUUUUUUGAUUUUUUCCCUCAUGUUUCCAAAUCUUGAAAAAAAUCUGAUAAAUAUGGUCGUAAGUACCGUUAAAAGUACUUCACAUUAGCUGCAAAAUGACGCAAAGUUUGUCAAUUUUCAUGAAGUUUGAGCUGGAAUACGAUUUUUUGAAAAUAUAUGUCAUUUUCGAAAUUUAUUAUAACUAAAAUUUUAGACCCCUGAAACUUCCCCAAUGAUUUUUCUCCUACAAAAUCCGUUUGGGGUUUUUCAUACCUCGCCAUAUACAUCAACUUCCACAUAGUAGAUCAAAAUUUCAGGGGGUCACUUGUGCGAUCAUUCCUUGUGAGUUAUUUUAUGAUUUUAAAUACAUUUAUAUCAACAGAAAAAAUUAUUUUACCACAAAAAAUAUUCGAAAAACCACUAUUUUAGAGCAAUUUUCUAAUGAUUUUCAGCAUUUUUUGAGCUGAAAUUCGAUCUGGAAAUUUUAAUUUUUAUGAAACCUUUUUUAAUCCUGAAAACCCGAAUUUUUCAACAAAAAAAAUCACUGUUUCAAAAUUUUUUUAAAGACACAAGAAACACUGGAAAAAACAGAUUUCCCGCAUUUAUUUUCAAACGACAAAACCAGCAUGUGCGCUCUAGCGACACACUGUGUGCAAACACUUUUGAAAUUUCCGUCGGCUGAGCGAUUUCAAAAACAAUUAUUUUAUUUUUUCACUUUUGCUAGACUCAAAAUUUUUUCUUGAUUUUCAUGAAUUCCGAUUACUUGAAAGGUGUUGAGAAUGAAUAACAAACUCAUUUUCUGCUCAUUUCUAGGCGCUCUUGUGUCUUUAAAUAAAAAAAUUGAUUAAUUUUACGAUGUACAGAUUUUAUAGAAACAAAAUAAUUUUAACCCAAAAAUAUUUAGAAACCAUAAUUUUAGAGCAAUUUUCUGAUGAUUUUCAGUAAAUUUCAAGCUGAAAAUCUAAAUUUUCGACUGAAAAAUGCUAUAAAAUCAUAAUUUUAGAGCAAUUUUCAAUCAAAAAUUCGAUUUUCUAAUGAUUUCCAGCAAUUUUUAAGCUGAAAUUUGCUCUGAAAAUCAAUCUGGAAAUUUGAAUUUUCCCGAAUUUUUCAACAAAAAAAAAUCACUGUUUCAAAAAUUUUUAAAUAAAAAAAAUUGAAUUAUUUCCAAAAAAAAUUUCCAAAAUUUCCAGCCUCGACUACAACAUUCUUGUCAACGACGAACUCCUCAUCGCAAUCUCAGCCGGUCUUCAAAAACUUCAAAGUCUCUCCCUCGCAAAUGCCGGAGACGAUUCAUCAAUAACAUCCGAAGGUCUCUCAGCAAUCAAGAAUCUAUCCGAGUUAUCGCAACUCGAUGUUUCAUCGUUGGCCGCGCUGAAUUCGGAAGUUGUGAAGAAAUUGGCGGAGCUCAAAAAAUUGGAGCUGAUUCAAAUGAGAAAUUGCACUUAUUUGGCAGAUGAAGGAUUUUCGGCCCUGAUUGGCUUGGGUUCUUUGAAGCAUGUGGAUUUGAGUGGAGCGAUUCUGAUUUCUAAUGAUAGUAUUCAACGAUUCAUUAAAGGUACAUACAGUAAUCAUUUCAUUUUCACAAAAAAAAAAAACAAAAAAAUAUUCCAGGUUUCCCAUCGGGACCCAAACUCUCUCCAAUCACUUUGGUUGUUGGUGGAACUGCUGCGGAUGCUUCGAAAUUGACAGUUCGCGGAAGUCGAGUUGUUGUUGAUUUUUCGGAUUAUUCGGCGAUUUUGCAAACUUCUAUGCAGACUAGUCAAUCGUCGUCGAAUCAGAAGGGCGGAUUUAGGAUAAGUUAGUUGGGGGGAUUCGGGGGGCUUCUGGGAGUUUGAGAAGGAUUCUGAAAGAUACUGGAGGCUUCUGACGGCUUCUGAGAGCUUCUGGAGGCUUCUGGAGGCUUCUGGGGGCUUCUGUAAGCUUCUGGAAAUUUCUAGAGGCUUCUAAAGCCUUCUUGGGGCUUCUGAAGGCUUCUGGGAGCUUCUGAAGGCUUCUGGGCGCUUUCUGGAAGCUUAUAGCAGCUUCUGAAAGCUUCUGCAAGCGUUUUGGCGCCAAAUUUUAAAUUUUACCAAAAUUCAGCUCGAAGAAAUAGGGUAACUAUAACUCAAAAAAUGUACGUUUCAAAAUUUUUUGAUACAUUUGAAAAUGAUGUUUCAAAAUGAUCUGCGCUUCUACUACGUCUAUUGUUCAAUCCGGAAGAAAAAAAUACUUUUUGAGGCUUCUGGAAGCUUCUGGAAGCUUCUAAAGGCUUCUGGGAGCUUCUGAAGGCUUCUAGCUGCUUCUGAGGGCUUCUGGAGGCUUCUGAAAGCUUAUCACGGCUUCUGAAGGCUUCUGGGAGCUCAGGAAUGAUUCUGAAGGCUUCUGCAAUCCUGGCACAGUUUUUUGUCUCGCACACUUUUCAAAAUUCAAAUUUUGAAUUUUUUCAGCUUCUGCUUCUGACAAUGAGGCGAGUUCGGACGAUGAAUUUGAAGCACUCACUGCACAACGUGAGUUUUUUCUACAGUACCCUACAGUACUCUUCAAAAAUUCCAAAAAAAAAUUUUUCCAGGCUCCUUCUACAUCGACGCGGUUUGCGGCGAAGACGAUUCGCCAAUCACCGACGAUGGAAAAUUGGCCGAAUGGGCUGAAAAAGAGGCGAGAAGUCUGGGAUUGCUGAAAUAA